GGAAGCACACAAAGGGAGAGCCCACCAGGCUCUUGGGAAGUUUGGGUGAGCUGUUUGUAAAAAUCUGCCGAGCCCACCCCUCCGAGACCUUUAUUUCCCCCUGCGGCAGCUGUCAUCUGAUCCCACGCUUCGGCUCUGAAUGGGGCUCUCGGAGGAUGCCAGAUGUUGGGAACAAAGGUCUAAAAAUAAUCUUUCCAAGUAAUCUUCCCGUCCAUCACUCAAGGAGAGCGUCAGCUUUGUGCGAGCAUGUGAGCCGAGAACCUGAUCUAACUUCAACAAGUUCAACAGCAGCUCCCGGCUUCUGCCUCUGGGCCCCUUUUUUUUUUUUUUUUUUUUUCUUUCUUUCUUUUUUUUUCAUUCCUUCCCCUUUCCCUUCCCAGAAGCUGCGCAGGGAAAAGCGGCUCGGAGCGCUCAGCCCUCGCUCUCUCUCCCUCCCUCCUUGCCAAGCCCGGAGCCGCCCGGACCCCGAGAGCUCCGGGGUUCCUUCUUCCAUCUCUCCCUGGGGAAGAAAAAAAAAAAAAUGAGCUCCAGGCUGCUGCCAGAGAUGCGUUUCUGUCAAAAGAUCUUCGCUGCAGCCCUGUGUGUGCUGGUUGUGCUGCCGGAGCCGGGCUGUGCCAGGACUCUCUGGAAACGCGCUCUGCUGAAAAUGACGGAGAAAUACGAUGAUUAUGAGUACCCUCUUCAUUCUCACAGUUCCCAGUACCAGAAGAACGACCGGUGCCCGCCGCCGCCGCAGAGCCUGCCGGAGCGCGCCUGCGAGGUGCCCAGCUGCCGCUCCGACGCCGAGUGCCAGCGCCACAAGCGCUGCUGCUACAACGGCUGCAUCUACGCCUGCCUCGAGUCCGUGCAGCCCCCGCCAGUCUUGGACUGGCUGGUUCAGCCCAAACCCCGCUGGCUGGGAGGCAAUGGGUGGCUUUUGGAUGGCCCUGAGGAAGUCUUACAAGCCGAGGCCUGCAGCACCACGGAGGAUGGGGACGAGCCCCUGCACUGCCCCACGGGCUACGAGUGCCACAUCAUCAACCCGGGCAACACGGCCGAGGGCAUCCCCAACAGGGGCCAGUGCAUCAAGCUGCGGGGAAACCCAGAUGGACACAACCUGAGGCAUAAGUACUACAAGGAAUAUUUUGGGAGCAACUCCAACAAUUUGGUCGGCUAUGUGAAAAACCAGCAGAAGCAUUUAGGCUAAUUGAAGGUGUGCCUGGCUGGACCACUCUGUCAAGGAAUGCUUUACCCAGCAGCUUUCUGGUCCCAGAUCUCCACAGCUCCAGCACCCCCUGAUCCCUGCCCAUCACUGACAAAAAAAUUCAUUAUCCAAGGAACAGGAUGAGUCCAGAUACAUGAUCCAAGGAACAGGAUGAGUUCAGAUGCAUGCCCCACCAGGAAGGGGAGAAAUGUGAUCCUCUGAAGGAAACCAUACUGCUUAUCAGCUGCCCUUCUACAAAUGAAAUGCAAACACCUCCAGGGAUCCCUGUAAGCCACAGUGCCACGACCAGGCUGCUGACACAGAGCCUGCCCUUCAUGUGCUUGUUGUGUGACCAAUUCAGAUUUCAGGCCUGUGAACACAACCCAGUGACGUCAGAAUUCCACCUAAAUAUCAUAUCUAAGUUGCUUUAAAACAGGUGAGACUAAAGAGGUUCUCUGGGUCAAAUCCAGUGCCUGCCUGUCUUGAACAAGCCCUUUAAAGAAGCCUUUUCAUCAGCGUAAAAUUCAAAGAAAUCUGCAAAUUUCUUCUUUUCCUAUUUAUACCCAGAUAAAAAAACCAGGCUUGACCCCCACUCUAAAUGGCUAAACCUGAAGUCCUUAAAAUUUGAGGAAGUUUGAGCUAGGAGCAAAAACAGCUUUAUAAAUGUAUUUAGGUUACUUUCCUCUUCUCAGUCUGGUGAGCUGCAGAUUGAGGGUUAAUAAUGGAACAGAUUCCUUCCUGCAAUAUCCAGGCUGACACACAAAUGCAUGCCAGGUUUUGUAAUGUGCUGUUUUUAGCCAGCACAGUUAAUACUCACAAAAUCUGUGGGUUUGUACCUGCAAAACCUCAGCAAGAGGCCUGAAGUCUGGAUAAUAUGUUAAAUGUGUUAGCAAAUCAAACCCAGGGUAAAUUUUUGUGAUGAAAAGGAUGGUCUGGCAGAUGGACUACUGCUCCUCAGGAGUCCUGUACCUUUGUGUUGAUUUCCCUAAAUCCUUAAAGCCUGCAUAUUUGUAUUUGGACCUCACAGCAGCUUUGAGCUGUUUACCAUUAUACAAUGGAAAACACAUUUUGUAUUAAGAUGUGGCAGUCCUGAAGGGACAGUUGCAUUUUUUGCGACAAACCAGCCAGAACUGUCUGGCAGAAAAGCCACAUUUGCUCCAUGGUUUAGUCCACGUCGCCAUCUGCAUGCAUGAAAUUAGCAUUUUGAUUUUCACAGUAGUAGCACUGCAUAGAAAUACCCAAUUCACAAAUGCGAGCGCCUGCUUCCACUCACAAAAUACAGGAUUCUUUUUUUCCAUUCACUAAAUGGUUUAAGCCAAAUCCAAGACACCUAUAAAACUCCUGAUACUUUGCACAUGACAUUUGCAGCUGGAGAGAUGGAAGGUGCCAAACUGCUCUUCUGUUUCCUAUUCUAAACACACUCCUGGGUGCUUUACAGAGCAAAGGAACAGCUGAAGGGCUCCACAUGUUCCUAAAUAUCUUCAUUUGUUCUACUCACUUUUUUUCAAAGUGCAAGAUAUUAAAUGCAGCACCAUGUUUGGACAGAGCUGUUUCUAGAAUUUUAUCCUAUACAGCUUCCUGCAGUGAGAUCUUAAUUCCUGCUUGGACACAGGAGCCACAGAGCCAGAGAAUUGUGGUUUGGGUUGGAAGGGAGUUUGAAGCUCAUCACCUUCCACUAGAGCAGGUUGUCCAGGCUCCAAUCCAUAUUUUAUAGUUCCAAUCUGUGUUCAGACCACAAACUUGUCACUUAUCCUACUGCAGCCUCGCUCCUCAGUGCUGCUCAGUGAAAUGGAUUGAUUUUGUUCAGCAUUACUUCCUGCAGAAAAAAAGAUUAAAUUCUGAUUAAAUGAGCAAAGCCCUUCAGUGAUCACUGCUGGCCCCACAGGGUAGAUGUCAAAAUGUUCUGUUUCAAACUAAAAAAUACCUAAAACCUUGUGAGUAGUUAGUUGAAAAACUAAUGCUGAGCAUUCACAAAUUUGAAAGAUUAAAACUUCAAAUCUCAACCUAAUCUCUCAAAGCAGCCCAAAAUAUGCUUAAUUUGAGUGGGCACAUUCACCUCAGUGUCUGUUUUCUCUGUAGCUGCAGAAGCACAUACCUGACCACCUGGGUGGGACAGUACAGAUAUUUUCUGCUUGCAAAAGGAAUUAAAUAAAUUUUAAAAAAAAAAAAAAAAGAAAAUUGACAAAUUAAUAAUUUGAUGGUGAAUUUCUGUUUACUGGGUGUUUCACAGCCAUCACCCUCCUUCGUGGUGCUAUAAUGCUCAGGGGGAUUUUUCCAAGUUAAUUCCAGUUAUUAAUUGUCAAACUCAGAAACAAAAGCCACAGAAGGGACUUGACAAAGUGCUGUGUUUUCAGCAGUGAAACGCUGAAAUGUGAAACUCAGACACUGAAAUGAAAACACAGAGCAGGUGAGCUGUCCUCAGCUGCUCUUCUCUGCAAAAACAGAUCUGCUUCAUCAGCAGCCUGGCGCAGCACGGUAGGAAAUGCCUGGUGUAGGAUGUUUUUAACGUUUUCAUGACCACUCUGCAGUGUGUUUGGUGCUAUGAUAGCCUUCCUGUGUGUCACUGAGUGCUGCUCUGCCCACAGCCUCCCACAUCCCCGAGGAUCUGGGCAGCCCCAGGCAGCCCCUCCCUGGUUUGUGCUGUUCAGGUUCUGCUUUGGUGCUCAAUAAAAAGUGACCAGUCUGUUUGUCAA